AUGUCUAUUUUAGUCUCUAAGGUCAUAUCUCAAGCAGAUAGGCUCCCCAUUAUCAGCAAUGCCUCUCAAUGGCUACCUUCCACCAUGUUCAGCAGCAAAAAAGAAGAAGCCAACGCAAUGAGCAGCUCCAGAAGGUCCUCCAUUGAAGAUUACUCUACCAAUGGGGCUGAAUUCUACAAUACAACCUCACCUCGUUACUCGAUUGCUCCUCCUACCUAUGACAAUGUUGUCAAGGAGGACACAAAGCGAUUCGCCAACGCCCUUUCCACCAUAUGGAAAAGAGCCUCUUUUUCGUCUGCUGCCUUUACCAACAACAGCAAUGAUAUCAAAAUGUCCUCAGCUACUCAACAGAAUACCAUCGACAAGAAGCAAAUGGAACAUGCCAUCACGUUGAUCAAUGUAGCUACCGAUAUGAACAACUCUGGAAAUCAGCAAAUGGCAAUUGAUCUCUACAUGAUGGGGUUGGACAAGUUGAUGUCUGCUUUGCCUUUGGAAGACGCAACAGUAAAAUCUGCUCUGGAGAAGAAGAUUACAGAAAUGAAAGUUACUCAUCAGCUCAACAUUGCAUCUGCUGAGGAGUUGCUUGACGAUGAGAAAAAAUCCAAAGGGGAGAAAUCCACUAGCGAGGAUGAGCCUAUGCGCUCGCAAUUAUCUAACCUUGUUAUCAAUGCAGCUGUGAUGAGCGCUGUAGCCCUGAAAAAAAGCCCUAUACCAGAUGCCGUCUCUGCCGUCAUGAACUAUGCUAUUGACAGUAUGCAAGUUAUGGAUGAAAAGCACCAAUUGCGUCGUCGUACUUGGGAUUUGGCAGCUAACAGCGUUGCAAAGGCAGUUGAGAUUGAUCGUCAAUACGAGAUCCAUCAAAUGGUAACAGGCGCUUUUUACACUGGCUUUGCUGCUUUUAUCAAAGCAGGCGUUGCUUACGCCGAAACACCAGGCCAUCAAGAAGCCAGCAGCAACAGCAGUGGCAAAGCUACUCAAGCUGCCUAA